CUUGACCGACUUCUACCUGGAUCGACUUUCACUGUUGGACACGUACUUGGUUCGCCCGCAUACACAGUAUCCUACAUUUACGAGUUGGCGUCGAUCGUCAUCUGUGCCCUAACAACAACAGCCUAUAUCAGAAGUUUUUCCGGUACCGCAAGCGCCCCUGUAUUUGACUCGAACCCGAUAUCAUGUCUGGUACUUCACGCCCUAAUGUCCUCAUCGUUGGCGGACUCACAUCUGUAUCGCGCCAAUUCGCGCAGUCUCUGUUCCCACCUAAUGGACCUCCCCUAGUUGAAUAUCUGCGGAUCGUCGACAAAUACAUGGUACAACCACCGACGACUUACGUCGGUCCAGACUUUCCCCGGCUCGUGAACCGCCCCGAUGUGGAGUAUUCGCAGAAUAACCUCACAAUGCCGGAAAGGCUUCCGACAGUGUUUGAUCCCCCCAGUAAUGGCAGGCCGUGGGAUCUUGUAUUUGACUUUUUAGGGGAAGUGGUUUUCGAUACGAGCGAGCGCACACAAAUUCUACAGACUUACAGAGCCUCCGUCAACUGCGGUAUCGAGGCUGCUCGACGAGGCACUGUAAAGGCUUAUGUGCGCCUCACGUGGGGCUUCUAUCACUGCACCUGGGACCGGCUGCAUACAGAGGAUGAGAUGCUUGAACCGGAUGGCGUGCGGGGGUUAUGGUGGCACGAGACGCUGCGGUCACUCGCUGCAAUCCCGAACCUGCCUCUCGUGAUCAUUCGCGCCGGCAUCCCGUAUGGCCCGUACUGUUCAUUCGGAGUCGUCGCGCAGCGUAUCCUCAUCGGCGAGAUUUACAGGUACAAGAAGCGAACCAUGCGCUACCUGUGGUCUCCUCAGCUGCGUCUCAACACCGUGCACACGGACGAUAUCUCCGGUGCAUGUUGGAAGGUUGCGAUGUGGAUCGCUACGGUUGGUCGAAAUACAGCCAUCGCACAGGCAGGGGUGGCUAUGUACUUCGCCAAUGAUGAAGAAAGGUUCCCACCUGGACUGCCAGGUGUGGUGCCGCCCGAUGAGGCACCCAGGGCUGCAUUCUUCAACCUGACCGAUGGCUCUGACUCUACGCAGAUGUCUGUCGGAACAGCAAUCGCCUCUGUUUUCGGUAUCAGCCUCGGUUUUCGUAAGGUCCCCUCGGAUGCUGACAUAGAAAUACUCGCCGGUACUGUCAACACAUGGCACGGCGAAGUCUGGUGGAACCUCUGCCAGAGGAACAAUCCCCCGAUUGAGUACCCACCCAUGCACACAUAUGUGGAACCACACGACCUGACGGACCAAGCGAGUGCGUGGGAUGGACGCAAGUUCAACCACAUCGUGCGCUAUACGUACAAGCGGCCGCAGUUGACGGCCCAGGCCAUCGCGGAGAUAGUCAGUCUGUGGAAACGGGAAGGUUCCUUCCCCGUCGUAAAUGCCGUUGAUCCGUCGUUGUCGUCUGAUGAGGAGGACGACGAUGACGAGGAAGAACAUGACGAUGAAGAUGAAGCGGCGGAAUAAUCGAUCGAAGGCAUUCUCCCGUCAGUCAGUCUCGGCCACGAGCACUAUUGUAUCAUAUCACCAGUCUGCGUUGUUCUCUUUCUCAUGUCACACGCUUCGCCGCACACCACUAAUCAAAUCCCACCUCUGUGGAUUCCGCUGGUUCUCGUCGCGCUGCUCACCCACUCGUAACGACCGCCGCCAUAACCGGACGGUCUGUAAUCCUGGCCGGUCUCAACGUACCGCGUCCGAUCAACAGCGCGGCACACGUAUCAUCUCGUGCCCCUCUGGGCAGUAAUUCUCGCGCUUCUUCAUCUACUCUCAAAACCAAAGAAACCAAAUUUGUAUUAG